GUUUAGGGGAAACAUAAUAGAUGUUAUAUUUAUUGAUUUCAGUAAAAUUGUUCAUUUCCCCUGUAUAUUAGCAUUUAAAAAGAUGAAUAUAAUCAGUGGAACAGUGAAAAUUUAGUGUUGUUUGAAAACUGACAAGAAGUUGAAGACUUCUUUUAAAAAUUAAGACUUUACUUGGCAUUAUAUUCUAUCAUCGAAGUGAAUUGUACAUAAAAGGCAGGAAUUGUACAUAUACAUCUGUUUCUUCUGCUGACACACUGAGUACUUGUGAUCAUGUUUUAAUACAUAAAGAAGACAUUGCGGUAAAAUAAAUUAUCUAAGCAAUAGUACUGAUGACAACGAUGUAUGAAACCAUAUUUUGAAGUAUUAUAUUGAAAAUUUCAACGCUUCAACCACUCAAUCAUGCAACCUUCGUGUGUUAUUGAAGUUUGUCCUGCAACACCAGUUGCCAAAGAACAUCAAAUGUCCGAAAAUAUAUCCUGUGACUCGGCUGAUACGAAUGAAAGAACAAAUGACUUUGGUUGUCCUCCUGGGGAAUCCAACAGAACUGCUGAAUCUCUAAAUUGUCCUGAAAAUCCUGUUAAUCCCUAUACAGAAAUGAAACCAUCCAAUUCUUCGCUCAGCAUCUCAUCAGUACAAAGACCAAAAUCUCCAAGGAUUCGAUCUAAUAGUAAAAGUGGAGCAACAAGCUUUACCUUUUCAAAAUCAGCCAAAUUUCCAUCUUGGCGAACACAUAAAUAUGGUAAAUACUGUUGGAAAAGUUGGAUUACCUUUGUACAUCUGGUUAUUGCUUUCAGAGCUAUAAUUGUCCGCAUUGGAUUUAUAUGCUUUACAUGUACUGCUAUUGUAACUGUUGUCAGGGAGAAAGAAGAUAACAGAUUUUGGUUCUUAGCAUUGACAAUUCUACCUCUUCUUAUUGACUUAAUUAUUGCUAUUAAUUCAUACAUUUCUGGUAAAUCAGUAGCACCAACAAUUUCAAAAUGGUUUUCCUUAUGCAACUUCACCUACCUUAUCUGUGCUUGUCCACCAAUCUGGAUUAUUGAAUUACACCAUAUGGAUCAAGCUAAUAACGCUUCUGCAUUAUAUGAAUUAAUAUCAGCUAAAAAUUCUACUCCAGCAUACUCACAACCAAUGUGGAUUGACAAAAUCCCAAUGAUGUCACGUGAAAAUGAAAGUAUGAUGAUCAUGGGUGAAGAAAUCGAGGAGUAUAUACAUUCAGUGUAUUUAACAACAACAAUGACUACGACGACAGAACCCCCAAGAACACGAAGAACGGCUCGUGAUACAUCAGCCCAUCAGAUCUUUCAUAAUAAGAGUGGAAGUACACAAAUAUCCUCCGAUGUCUUACAGUCACUAAAACUACACAACUUUUCAUUAAAAGAACGCAUACGCAUCCUGGAGCAGUUACUGCUACUGUCGGUGAUAGUUGGACGUUGGUUAAUGCCUAGGGAAGGAUUAACACGUGAUCAGUUAUCUCAACUGUUAUUGAUUAACAUUGGUACAGCAGCUGAUAUUCUAGAGUUAUUUGAAGCAUUCAAUGAACAAGAAGUACGCAGAAAUGAUUUUUUACGCACUGUUAUCUUAUCAUUAUGGCAAGCCAGUUUGUUACAGUUUUGUUUUAAUAAAACAGCUCUUAAACAACCACAUAAUUAUAAUAAUUACAAACACUGGUUGAAUAAAUCAAAUGACUUGGUUUCUUCAGUUCCCUGUUCAGCUGAUGAAAAAUCGCUGAGUGAUAUUGAAUGUGGACUGACUGUCGACAACAGUAAAUCAAAUUCAAAAAAUAAACAGCCAAGAGACAGUCUACUAACAAACCUGAAGAACUGGAGGUGGAAACGUAAACAACAUGGCGGACAAGAAGAAAUGCAUCAAUGUAUUAUUGUCAGUAGCGAAUCUGAUCCACAAAUAAAACCACAAGCAUCAGAGUCACAACAACAGCAACCGUCAGCCCAAUACCUAACACCACCUCAACCAACAAGUACGGAUCUGCCAAAAUCAGUUUCACAAAAUGACAUUGUAAGAGAUGAUGAAAAUACAAGCUGUCCAUUAUUUGGUAGUUGUAUUCUUUUGUGUCGUGAACGGCCUUGUUUAUGUUGCGAAACAGAAUUAUGGGCAAUAGGUAUAUCAUUAAUGUUACAAGAUAUACCAUUUCUUGUACUAAGGAUAACUUUGAUAGUUUAUUACAAUGUGAAAAGUUAUUCAAACGUCUUUUUUACUUGUAAAAAUACUUUACUAAUUCUAUUACAAGUAUUUCGUUCUAUUGUUAUACUCUCUGAGGCUAGUUAAAUUCUAUGUCUUAUUGCUAUAAACAACAUUAAAAUUCAUAAUUUACUUAAACUGAUUAUUCAUUAAUUUAUGCAUGCUAAUAAUAGGUAGAAGAAUAUCAAAAUAAACAACAAAAAAAACUGUCAUGUAAAUAUAAUUUCUUUAUUCCACGUAUACAUUGAUGUAAUCUAACAUUAUGUUGACAUUACAUUCAAUGAAAUUUUUUUCGAUUUCAUGUAAACUUUUUUUUAACAGUGAUUAAUUAACUUUAUAACUUUGGCUGUAACUUCAACAAUUUAAAGAUAGUUUCUUUUAUGAGAUAAACAUUAUUAAAGAGAAUGAUAUUUUCAAAAAUAUUUAGGUGUACUUGAAUAUGUUUAUAAUGCAAAUAAGUAAGAGUAUGAAGUGUG